AUGAACCCGCGGCCCACCAAGGUAGCUCGUAUGGCGCCUCUUCCUGAGACCAGCUCGCCUGGAAGGGCCCGAAGCUGCUCCGAAGAGGAGUCGGACGCUCGUUCACCAGCGCCCACGUGUGUACGCUCCUCCAGCGGAGCUCUACCGACACCGACGCCUCUUCCGCGACUACAGCCUCCCGACAGAGCUCGCAGUUGUCCCGAACCUGUCGCCCCGCCACAUACCGAUAGCCGCAAUGACAGUCAACUCGACACCAUGCACGAGAUUCGCAUCCUGAGGACGAUGGUUACGUCCAUGGAGGACGAGCUUCGAGUCCUACAGUCCAAGUGGGCCAGCCAGCUCCCCGACAAGCGAACGCUGGCCUCGGCUCAGCGCUGCGCGGUCGAGAAGCACGCGGUCAGCCAAGCCGAGGCAAUACACAGGGAGCUCCAGCAGCUCUUCCGAAAGCAGCAGAUUCUGUUCGCCACGAUGCAAACCGCCGCGCUGCGUCUGCCGCUGCAUUCGAGCGGCACAGACAUGUUCGAGGAGCUGCACUUCAACCCCCAACUGGGCCGAGAUCCGAACGACCGGAAGCGGAUGCUGCUGCUCCACCACGAGCGCUCACUUGCCACGAUCCCGUCAAUCGUCAAGAAGUUCUCGCAGCUAGCGAUUGACAAGGCAAAGGAGCCAUCUCAAGAUCAGGACGUGUUGCCGUUGGCUCAAAUCGACAUCACUGGGUGCAAGGACUGCACGUUGAUCUCUAGCGUUUUCGUGUCGGAGAUCGAGCACACGUCGCUGGAGGAGGUGUACGACGGUGUACUGGCGUACUUCAGCGCGAUCCCCUCGGUCGUCAAGAAACACUUCGGGAUCGACGCACAGCGUGGGAAACUCGAUGACGCGGGACUGGGUAUCCACUACCAGCGCUCGAUGUUUGAGUCGCAGCAUUCGUCCUGGAUGGUCAACAACAUUUUCUGCUCCGAGCUCACGCGGACUCAUGGCAUGGUUCACAUUGACGUCGUGACGGACGACCCGUUGCAUCCCAUUCCCGCUUUCGCGGCGUCGCACUACUGCGUCUGUGGCGUCCUCAUCACGCCUCGAAAGGAUCCUUUGACGGGGGAGAUUGUGUCCGUGACGCUGCGAAGACUCAUUGUGUAUCGCUACAACAUGUUGCCGCACGAACCUGCGGUUAUGGAGGACGUGCAGAUCAUCCGACCGCUUCUGAAUGGCGAUCUGAUCAACGCCUGGGUGUGCAGCUACAUCCAGCAGCUCCGACAGCAGCAGCAACAAAGCUCCCAGUAG